GAUGGGACUGUGUUGCUGGGGGCUUGGCUGCUCCAGUACAGGUCAUGGCACCCCGGCAGUGCUGGUCCCUCAUCCCUCCAUCUCCUCUUCUUCUUCCUGGCAGCAGGGAUGAAGUGCCUCUGUACUGCUGCUGUUGGUGCCUGUGACUGACCUGUGUUCUCCCUCUCUCUGCAGGCUGUUCCUCUAAGUCAUUCAAGCUGUACUCGCCAAAGGAGCCCCCGAACGGCAACGCCUUCCCCCCAUUCCAUCCGGGCACCAUGCUGGAUCGAGAUGUGGGACCUACUCCCAUGUACCCACCUACGUACCUGGAGCCUGGCAUUGGGAGGCACACGCCGUAUGGCAAUCAGACUGACUACAGGAUAUUUGAGCUCAACAAGCGGCUGCAGAACUGGACAGAGGAAUGUGACAAUCUGUGGUGGGAUGCCUUCACCACGGAGUUCUUUGAGGACGAUGCCAUGCUAACAAUCACUUUCUGCUUGGAGGAUGGACCAAAGAGAUACACAAUUGGCCGGACUCUGAUACCCCGUUACUUCCGCAGCAUCUUUGAAGGAGGGGCCACAGAGCUCUAUUACGUGCUCAAGCACCCCAAGGAGUCCUUCCACAACAACUUUGUCUCUCUGGACUGCGACCAGUGCACCAUGGUCACCCAGCAUGGCAAGCCCAUGUUCACCCAGGUGUGCGUGGAGGGGCGGCUCUACCUGGAGUUCAUGUUUGAUGACAUGAUGAGGAUAAAGACGUGGCAUUUCAGCAUCCGCCAGCAUCGAGAGCUCAUCCCCCGCAGCAUCCUUGCCAUGCAUGCACAGGACCCCCAGAUGCUGGACCAGUUAUCCAAGAACAUCACCCGCUGUGGGCUCUCAAACUCCACACUCAACUACCUCCGACUCUGUGUAAUCCUAGAACCAAUGCAGGAGCUCAUGUCACGGCACAAGACCUACAGCCUCAGUCCCCGGGACUGCCUCAAGACCUGCCUGUUCCAGAAGUGGCAGCGGAUGGUCGCGCCGCCCGCGGAGCCGGCACGGCAGCAGCCCAGCAAGCGCCGGAAAAGGAAGAUGUCAGGGGGCAGCACGAUGAGCUCCGGCGGUGGAAACACCAACAACAGCAACAGCAAGAAGAAGAGCCCCGCCAGCACCUUCGCUCUGUCCAGUCAGGUACCUGAUGUGAUGGUGGUAGGCGAGCCCACGCUGAUGGGGGGGGAGUUCGGGGACGAGGACGAGCGGCUCAUCACUCGGCUGGAGAACACGCAGUUUGACGCCGCCAACGGCAUCGACGACGAGGACAGCUUCAACAACUCGCCCGCGCUGGGGGCCAACAGCCCCUGGAACAGCAAACCGCCCUCCAGCCAGGAGAGCAAGUCAGAGAACCCCACGUCGCAGGCGUCGCAGUAACGGCCCCGCGCCCCCCCCGCGGACUCAGUCCCAACCGAUCUACCUGUACAUUUGCAACGGAGAGUGACUGGGAAGCGGCGAGGUACUGGGGCGGAUCGGCGCCGCGUCACGGCGGGACCCACGGCCGGGGGCAGCGCCUGCCGCCGCCUCCCCGCUCCCCCCGCGCCCGCUGCCCCCAGACCCAGGGCAGGGGCGGAUGUCGGGGCCGUAGCUUCGUUAUUCCCCCUUCUCCCUCUUCCUCCUCCCUGCUUCUUCAUCCCUGGAGAGCCUCUCGUGUCCCCUCCCGCCGUGCCCAGCCCCUGCCUGCUGAACGGGGCGCGGCGGGGCUGCAGAGCCCUGCGGUGAGGUCCAGCCUUCCUCCUCCUCUCCCCUCCUGGGUCUGACGGCGGUGUUUGCUGUGUGCGCGCGCCUCCAGCCCAGCCUGGGGCUGGUGGGGCUGGCCGAGGACAAAGCCCCGGCUGCUGUGGUGUUGGGGGUCGGUCACCGGGCAUUCCCCACUCUCCUGCCCCCUCCUUGGCCCCCAUCCCCUCGCUC